AUGUCGAUUUCAUUCCGUGUGAAUCCAGAAUACGCUGCCAUGAGUGAAAUAGUGCCGGGUCUUUUUAUCUGUGGUGUAAGUGCGUUGACAAGUGAAGAGAUGAAGGCGAACAAAAUCACUCACAUCAUCAACGCCACCGCUGAAGUGCCAAAUUUACGAAGUCUGGGCGAUAUUCAACGUACAAAACUCUGGCUUGAAGACACACCACAGACCUACAUCUAUCAGCAUUUGGAAUUGCAAAGUGAUCAGAUUCAAGUAAUCAUCGCUGACGGUGGACGAGUUCUAGUGCACUGCGUGGCCGGCGUUUCACGUUCUGCUUCUAUCUGCCUCGCCUUCUUAACCAAAUAUAGGUGUCGUUCUCUUCGUGAGGCUUAUCAUUUGAUGAAGUCAAAGAGGCCAAUGGUGCGCCCGAAUCUCGGCUUUUGGAGACAACUUAUCGCUUUUGAGCAGAACGUGAAGGAGAACUCGGGUAGUGUUCGUCUCGUUCGAGACGAGGCGCAACCAGAAUGUCUGCUCCCGGACGUUUACCUAUCGAUUGCAAUCCAGCCUCACCCGGUGAAUGUUGAUCAAGAUUCGGAACGACAAGGUGAUGAGUCGAGAGAUCGACGCUCUUCUGGUGUCCGACCAAAGUUCCAACCAGUACUCGAGCCACUCGUUGAAAUCACUGAGGCGGUCUGCUAG